UUUCUGGUGUAACUGGUAUUAAAGAAUUUAAAAGCAAAAGUCUUGAAUCUCAGGGGCGGGAGUGUUCACUCUGCCCGUGGCUCAAACUAAUGAACUAGUCUUCUGUCAGGAACUCGCCGAACAUUUUCUCUUUUUCUCUUUGUCUGUGUGACUGUCUCAUAGUGAAUGUCAUAACAAAGUCCAUUAACAAAUCUGGCAAUUAAAAUCGACCUUUAUCAGCAGAGCUACACGCCCAGUAAAAGCGAUUCCAGGCGUGUUUUGUGUUUUGUGUGUGCUGUUCUCCAGAGACUCCUGAGGGACGAACACACACACUUCUCACUUUUACAUGAAGGCCGCUGAUUUUAUCAAUUGAAAUAACAGCGUGUAUCAGCUGUGGACGAGGAAUGUAAAUUGUGCAGGCUGCUCAGAAAACAAAUUCAGCUCCAGGCUGCUUUCCGGUCAAUGUGCGGUUUAUCCCCUGUUGUCUGCACUAUUUCUAACCAGCCAAAGAUGGUUUACUAGAGGACGAAGUGUAGCUCCGGAUCGUUUUUGAUAUUUAAAACUAUAGAGAGAGGACUUUUAUUCUUCUGCAGCUCAACAAUAGAGUGGAGCCUGUCUGUCUUUCUGUCUGUCUGUCUGUCUGAUUGGACGCCGGUGAACCUCGUCCACCAUGAACCCUCUGAACCAGAUGAAGGCUGGACUGGCCAACAACCCACACAGCGACGGUUCGUACCCCUACGACCCCUCCAGCUGGCAGCAACCCACCAAUCAGCCCACUGGAUCCCUCUCCGUGGUAACCACCGUCUGGGGAGUGACCAAUCCCUCGGCCAGCCAGGGUCUGGGGGGAGGGGUCAUGGGGCCCGGGGCCAACCCAGGCGGGGGUCCCAUCAUGCAGGGCCCCGGGGCUCCAGGCAUGGCCGGCGGGCCGGGUGGCUACAUGGGCCAGCAGGGCUAUGGAGAGCCCAGCAAAGGCUACAUGAACCAGGGCAUGUACGGCCGGACAACUGGGGGCUACGCUGGAGGACCGGGGGGGUACACGGGGAGUUACCCGUCCAACCCCGGCGGCUCCAGAGGUUCGGCCGACUUCACUCAGGCUGCCGCCGCCGCCGUCGCGGCUGCUGCUGCCACGGCAACAGCCACCGCCACGGCAACCGUCGCCGCCAUCCAGGAGAAACAAAACCAAGAGAUGAACUACGGACAGAUGGGCGGUCCAGCCUAUAACAACCAGUUCAUGGCCCACGCUGGGCCCCGUGGCCCCCCUGGCAUGGCUCCUGGAGGUAUGGGGCCUGGUCCGGGCCCUACAAGGGGUCCCCCCUCAAUGGGCCCGAUGUAUGGACCUGGAGGGGGCCCACAGAGGGUCCCCCAGCACCCAAACUAUGGUCCUGGACCACAGCAGGGCCACCUGAGGCCCCCACAGGGCCUCAAACGGCCCUACAACUCUGAGUCCUUCCCAGGAAUGUCUCAGCAGUACGGCGUCCCCGUUGGUUCCAGUGUGAACGUGAUGUCGGGUCCCGGUGGUGCCGGUGGUUCCAUGGCGGGCUCAGCUGGAGGUGGUCACGCCGGGCCUGGUCCCUACUCCGCACCUAACAUGCAGUACCACCCGGGUCCUGGUGGUCCUGGCCCUGCCCCCCAGCGCUCGGGCUCCUCCCCCUCUUAUCAGAACCAUAAGAUGUCCCUCCCACAGUACCCCCCCUCUGGACCCCCCAACUCACAGUACUACAAGCAGGACCAGUUUAACGGUCAGGGCGGAGGUUUAAACGCUCUGGCAACAGGGGGCGCUGGUGGUGUCUACAACUCCUUCAACCAGCCCUCUGGGCCUGGUCGAGGGUUGCCAGGUUACCCUUCCUCCCCAGUACCCGGUAACCCGACCCCUCCCAUCACCCCCAGCAGCUCCAUGGCCCCGCCCUACAUGUCGCCUGGCAACAGCGACGUCAAACCGACGCCCUCUUCCUUCCUGCCCGACAUCAAACCCAACAUGGCCGGCCUGGCCCCACCCCCUCCUACAGGUAACCCCAGUGACGACCUGCGGCUGACCUUCCCGGUGCGGGACGGUGUGGUCCUGGAGCCCUUCAGGUUAGAGCACAACCUGGCUGUGAGCAACCACGUCUUCCAGCUGCGAGACUCCGUCUACAAAACCCUCAUCAUGAGACCGGACUUGGAGCUCCAGUUUAAGUGUUACCACCACGAGGAUCGACAGAUGAACACCAACUGGCCUGCCUCCGUCCAGGUGAGUGUGAACGCAACUCCUCUCACCAUCGAGCGAGGCGACAACAAAACGUCCCAUAAGCCUUUGUACCUGAAGCAGGUGUGUCAGCCGGGCAGGAACACCAUCCAGAUCACCGUCACCGCCUGCUGCUGCUCGCACCUGUUUGUCCUCCAGCUGGUUCAUCGUCCCUCGGUUCGUUCGGUGCUGCAGGGUCUGAUGAAGAAGAGGCUGCUGCCUGCAGAGCACUGUGUCACCAAGAUUAAAAGGAACUUCAGCAGCGGGUCGAUCCCCGGGACUCCCGGGUUAAACGGAGAGGACGGCGUGGAGCAGACGGCCAUCAGAGUCUCGUUAAAAUGUCCGAUUACUUUCCGGCGCAUCCAGCUGCCCGCCAGAGGUCAUGACUGCAGACACAUACAGUGUUUUGAUCUGGAGUCGUACCUGCAGCUCAACUGUGAGAGAGGAACCUGGAGAUGCCCCGUGUGCAAUAAGACGGCUCUGUUAGAAGGUCUGGAGGUGGAUCAGUACAUGCUGGGAAUCCUCAUCUACGUUCAGAACUCAGAGUACGAGGAGAUCACCAUCGACCCGGUGUGCAGCUGGAAGCCGGUUCCCGUGAAGCCGGACCUCCACGUGAAGGAGGAGUCUGACGGUCCGGUGUUGAAGCGCUGCAGGACGCUGAGCCCCAGCCACAUGGUCCUGCCCAGCGUCAUGGAGAUGAUCGCGUCGCUCGGCCCCGCCCCCUCCUCCUCCGCCUCCUCCGCGGCCUCCUCCUCCUCCUCCCCGAUGCCCUACCCUUCCCUACCUGCAGCGGGCAGCAAUAACAGCAGCAACACACCGGACUACCCCGGACCAGCUCCGUCCUAUCCCGGUCAGUCCGGUAGCUUCUCAGACUUCAGUGGUCCUGGGACUCCGGGGGUCGGGGGGGACUUCUCCUCCCCCGGUCCUCCUCCUCUCUCCUACCAGUCUGAGCUCUCCAGUGCCCUCCUCACCCCCGACAAGCCUCCCCCACACCCGCUGGCUGGACAGGUAUCCGUCUCCGGCCGUCUGGACUCCACUUCCCAUGCUGUCUCCCAGCAGCAGUCACAGGGUCUCCACGGCAACUCCCAACUGGGGGGCGGCAACCAGAUGAUGCAGCGUAGCAACCAGAAUCCCCGUCUCCAAGGCGACGGCUCCUUCGGGCUCGGGGGGUCUGCGGAGGUUCCAGAACCUUCUCUGGACUUGCUUCCCGAGUUGACCAACCCGGACGAGUUGCUGUCCUACCUCGGACCUCCAGACCUCCCGAGCAACAACAACGACGACCUGCUGUCCCUGUUUGAGAACAACUGAACACACACGCACUCACACAAAUACACCCGCACACCUCGAGAAUUUAAACAGACUCUACUGUAAAAUAGGAACUCUUUGUCUCCUCGCCCGCCAACACGACUGUCGGUCCAACAUGGCCGCCGUCUGCACAGGAUGGAGCGGACAAUAAGAAGGAAAGGAAACAAAAACAGCUUUUAAAUAUGAAAACUCUUUGAUGUGUGACUAUGAACUUGAUGGUAACUUUAUUUUACUGUUUUUUUUAAUUCUCUGAAACUGUAUUUUGAUGCUUCAUCCUUCAUUCCCUGUCGGAGCUGAAAGCCUCACUGCUAAAGUGAGUGAGUGUCGGUGUUUUAACUACAGAUCACGUGCGCCAUCACUGCUGAGCAUUCUCCAAAUUAUCCACCGGUUUUUACACUGACUUCCCUCCUUCCAGACAGUCGUUAGUUUCUGUUCAUUUCUAUGAAAAUGCAGAGAGAAACUCCAUCACGCUCAGUUUUAUUUUUCUCGGAGUGGCGUUAUUGUUUCGAUCCUGGACGUUCAGCAGUGAUGAAGAGUAAAUGUGAUUUGUAGUUAAUGAGCUAAAUCAGCAGUAAGGUCCUUUCAAACCAGAAUAUUUCUGGUCCAAAUGAGUUUUAAAUGUAAUGGUAUAAAUAGUUGAAGGUGAGCUUUAAAGGAGCAGUCCGCGUCUGUUCUCACAGACAGGUUUUCGUUUGUUUUUCCCCCGAGAUAUGAGGAGACACUGAGGGGGAGCAUUAACAAAGAGGAUCUGUUGGAUUUGAGAGUCCAGAAAACGGCCUGAAAAGAUGAGAAGGUGAACGGAUAAACCGUUUACACUUAGCCACAGCACGCGACUCUGGUUCAAGGUUUUUCUGUGACUCUUCUGAAAAAAUGUUUUGGCUUUUUUUUUUUUUUUUUUUAAAUCCUGGGAUUUCUCACCAGAAAUGAAGUUUGAUUUUAAACACAGAAAACUCCAUUUAUUCUAAUUUCCUGGUGUUAGUUUUGCCUAUAGAUUAGAUUACGUGCCAAUGUCUUUGUGGAACGUCGGUUCAUCUAAAAAGUGGAAAAAAAGACGAUGACAAACAAACAGGACCAUUUAAUCGUCUGUGCUGUAUUUCAUCAUCAUAUCUCACACGUUUUAACGAGUCGAAUGGAGAAGGAAGAUCCAUCACUUCUUUGUGUCGGCGUCGUUUCAGUGGUUUGAGGAUCACUGUUUUUGGGACGUUCAGGUGAUCUUCUACACUCGAUGCUCCACCUGUUGAUCGUUGCUUUGGGGUUUGGUUGCUUUCGUUCUCGUUCAUCCAGAAAGUUAUUUUACCACACGGCCGAAAUGUGGGCUGCCAUUUUAGUUAGAAAAUAAUGAAAUAACAGCAUUUUAAGGUCGGUUUUUAGCUGUGACGCUUGUGUGCUAGUGUUAAUGAAGUCUGGAGAUGCUGCCUUCGUUUGAGAACCUUGUGUUCCUGCAGGUAUUGUAUCCCGGGGAACGGCAGCAGAUUCUGGUGAGAAUUCCCAGGAAACAGCAGGAUCUGAAUUCCUGAGUCAGUGCCACCGACAGGCAUUCGAGAUGGACUGACAUCUGUCCAGACCGCCUCAUUGGAGCCAGGUGUCAAAAAAGGUGUAAACACGUCCAUCCAUAAGAUGUAUGGAGCAGUAUCGGCUGACAGGUUGUCAGUUCUCCUUUGAAAUCAGCCGCCAUCCUCCCUCUCACAUUAAAGCCACAGUAACAAAGUGGCUCUGCAUUUUUAACACUUGUUGCCAAACAGAAGGCGUAAAGGUUUUUUAAGCUAAUAGAUAUUUUACGGAGUCCUUAAUGGAAAAUGAGUGUUAACCACUGGAUAGUUUCUUCUUCACACCAGAGACUUGGAUAAAAGUAGAGAAACUCUCUGGUUUCUGGUGUCUACAGGAAUCUUUGUGUAGCUUCACCAGAAACCUGUGUAAAAAGAAAAAAAAAAAAGUUCUUGCAAAUGUCCCCUUAGGGGCUGAAAUAUUUUAUCAGCGAGCUCGUUAAACUGUUUUAAGUACAACUUCUGCCAGUGUUUUGUUUGUUUGGUUUUUUUUAGCCGUUACUGACACAGCUUCAGGUGCAUCACCCCCAGCCUCUGGACAGCAGUAGGGUCUACACAGAUCCACAUUCAGUGCAGGAAAACCAAGACGGAUGCAGUCGCGUGUCAAAUGAAAUUAAGCCAGAAUAACUGAGUGUAGGAACGCUUCUGUGCAGGACACGCCUCGCGGACACCGGAUCUCCACCCAGUGUCAGACGGAGCUCUCCACCACCAACACCACCACCAAAUCCUUUGAAGCCAGGCAGACACUGUCAGUGGUGGAGGAAGUGUUCAGAUCCUUUACCCGAGUAAAAGUACUAAUACACACUGUGUAAAAAGAAAUGCAACACAAGAAUUUAAAAAGUUACUUAAGUAAAAGUAUUAGAGUCUAAGUAUUAAAAGUAAAAGUGCUCUAAGCAGAAAAACGUCCCCUGUUACAGUUAUACCAUGAAAUGUUCUGGUAUUUAUGCUUGAAAAAUAAAUGUAGUGCAGUAAAAAGAAGAAUAUUUCCCUCUGAAAUGUGGAGGAGUAGAAGUAUACAUCAGCACCUCAGAUGUGUACUUAAGUACAGUACUUGAGCAAAUGUACUUAGUUACAUUUCCGACUCUGGACACUGUACGGGCGAAGGCCGACUUCAGUCCCUAACCAGUCGCCCCCCAAACAAAUUUCAGAAUCGGGUUAAGUUUCCGCCAGAUCCGUUGUCAUCUGGAGUGAAGUUUGAAGUCACGAGGCCCGAUCAAUCACCUGAUCAGACGACGUGUCGGUCCUUGGUCGCCUUUCUGCAGUUGGAGCGGUCCCACAGUCUGGUCGUUCUCGUAUCGCUGCAGCUCGUCUGACUCAGACCGAGCUGUGGUACGAACCUGAACUUGGCUGUCUGUAUGCUCCAUCCGCGGCUCCAAAUAUACAGUAAACACAGGUUUUUCUUCUCGGUAACGCUGCCUUGCUCUCCUGCUGUAAACGUUGUUGAGGACGUGGUCAGUUGAUCCAGUUGAUACAGCAGGAACAUAAAAGUGGCAGAAAAGCAGAUUAAAACACGUAGUUGAGUUAAAAGACAAAGGUUCGUAAAAACACAGGGCGUCUGCAGGGCUUCAGAGGUUCUGUGGGUAGUCGGGGAGGUUGUGCAGCUCCUGCAGGAGGCUCCGGCCGUCGCUGAACGUGGGCCGCGCCUCCGUCUGUCACCAGUCUGUGCAUGUGGCUAAGCGUAAGUGGGAGUUUAUUCGCUCACAUCUGGAUUUUAUCAGAUAGGAGACACCUGAAAUGAAAAGUGUAAACGGGCCCAGAGCUACUCGACUCACUGUUUUCGUAACGAUGUCGCUUGAAAAUCGACUCUGGAACUUUCUUCCAGGAGCGUCGUCGGUCUCUCCCCCCUGAAAUCGAGCCUCUUUAGUGGGGUCUAAGCUCACGCCCCCGCCCUGAAGACAGCGAGAGGCUUUCAGGCAACAAAGAUGGGCAAUAUUAACAGGGGAAGCAAACUCCGUGACCUCGCAGAAAACACAGAGCUGUUGCCCUGAGAUCACAGCCACGGCUUGUAUAUGUGAUAAUAAACAAUUCAGUUCAUCUUCAUCCUCCUCCUCCUCAUGCUCAUCAUUAUUCUGUAUGUUGUAAAGUGACUAGAGUCCAGACAGUUGUGGUGUCUCCUUGUCCCAGUGAGUCCAGUGGCUUCUGGAAAUAAUAAAACUGUACAUGAUCACUCUGUAUGAUUCAGUAAUGAUGCUAAUAACAAUAAUAAUAACCUUUGUAAUUUAAUAAACAC